AUUUCUUAUGGGCAGUAACGCACUAGGUAUCAGAUUAAGUCUGAAAGUUCGAUGAAAGCCGUCGAUCUGAUGCCUUGACGGCGUUGACCGGGGCAGCCGGUAGCCGCACAGCUCGCCUGCUUGUUUCCUGGGAGAAUCGCUAACAGAGGGAUGAGCCUGGUGCUAAUGCUGAGACAUAACGACACACCAAAUAAGUCCCGAGCCCUUAACGGACUGCAGAGAGCGCGUCCUGACACCCGCUUCUUAACGAUUCCUUUACGCCUGGCUGUAUUUAAGGUCUGUUAAUGGUUGUAAGUAGCUUUUUUUGGCAAUCCGCUAUAGCGCUUUGUGCUAGCAAGCUAAACAGCCAGGUAAGUGGUGAGCUAGCCUGCUGCUGAUCGCCGGUUCAUCAGCGCUGACUGUUAGCGAUCCCGAACAGCACUUUCAGCUAGCCUAGAGACAACCGUACUGUAGCCGAGGCACUACUGUUACCAAACCGAGCCGCUUUACUGAACGCUAGCUAUAAAUACACGGCUUUGUUUCCCUCCGACCCAAAUGCGGUUCAGUUACUGACGGCGUGUCUUCCUCGCUCGCCUCUUGGCAGGUUUGGACCGCCGGCGUUUUCCCUGCCCGGGAUUUACUGAACUCUGUCGGCACGCCGUCAAACUCUGAGACGAGCCGCGGGGCUGAAAUAGCGUCAAUCCUUUUGGGCCGACAUAAAGAUAAACACGUUGUCCCAGUUAAGCCUGUAGGUUAGCGCUAGACAGUCCCAAAUUUAAUGGAAAGUCACCGUUGCAUUUCGGGAAAAAGGUACAGAGUCGAUCCUCCGAGGCCGGACACACAGACUCGUUAAUCAGACUAAACCCGGUGUGAAGAUUCAGCAGGACAUAUGAACACCAUGUCGGAGGACAACAAUGCAGACAAGUUUAUCAAGGAGAGCUCCAUCCUGGAAGAGUACAGUAUAAACUGGACACAGAAGCUCGGUGCUGGAAUCAGUGGACCUGUAAGGGUGUGUGUGAAGAAGUCAACACAGGAACGGUUAGCUUUGAAGAUCCUGAUCGACAGACCUAAAGCACGAAAUGAGGUAAGACUUCAUAUGAUGUGCGCCUCACAUCCCAACAUUGUACGCAUCUUGGAGGUUUAUGCCAACAGCGUGCAGUUUCCCCAUGAAUCCAGUCCACGAGCAAGAUUAUUAAUUGUUAUGGAGAUGAUGGAAGGAGGAGAGCUGUUCCACAGAAUCAGCCAGCACAGGCACUUUACAGAGAAGAUGGCCAGCCAAGUCACUAAACAGAUUGCCCAGGCUCUGGAACAUUGUCACUCACUUAACAUUGCACAUCGAGACCUAAAGCCAGAAAACCUGCUGUUUAAGGAUAAUUCACUGGAUGCUCCUGUAAAAUUGUGUGAUUUUGGUUUUGCUAAAAUCGAUCAAGGUGAUCUGAUGACCCCACAAUUCACUCCUUACUAUGUAGCACCUCAGGUAUUGGAGGCACAAAGACGCCACCAGAAAGAAAAGUCUGGAAUAAUACCUACCUCACCCACCCCGUACACAUACAACAAGAGCUGUGACUUGUGGUCCUUGGGCGUAAUUAUCUAUGUGAUGCUGUGCGGUUAUCCUCCGUUUUAUUCCAAGCACCACAGCCGCACCAUCCCUAAAGACAUGCGCAAGAAGAUCAUGACCGGCAGCUUCGACUUCCCUGAAGAUGAGUGGAGCCAGAUAUCCGAAAUGGCAAAGGACAUUGUACGCAAGCUACUGAAGGUAAAGCCUGAAGAAAGGCUAACCAUCGAGGGGGUCUUGGCUCACCCCUGGCUUAAUUGCACUGAGGCCUUGGACAAUGUGCUUCCUUCUGCUCAGAUGAUGAUGGACAAGGCGGUGGUCGCUGGAAUCCAGCAAGCCCAUGCAGAGCAACUGGCCAACAUGAGAAUACAAGACCUUAAUGUCAGCCUCAAGCCUCUCAGCUCUGUGAACAACCCAAUUCUGAGGAAAAGAAAGCUGCUAGGUACAAAGCCUAAUGAUGGCUUCUUCAUUAAUGACCCUGAAAAUGGAGCAGAAGACUCUAAUGUGGCUCUGGAAAAACUGCGGGAUGUGAUUGCACAGUGCAUCCUGCCACAGGCUGGGGAAAAUGAGGAUGAGAAGUUGAAUGAAGUGAUGUAUGAAGCGUGGCGUUUCAACAGAGACUGCAAGCUCCUCCGUGAUGGCCUGCAGGGACUGAACUGGGAUGGUAGGGCUUUCUCCGACAAAGUGGAUCGCUUGAAAUUGGCAGAGAUUGUGAAACAGGCUAUUGAAGAAAAGACAAACUUGGAAGACUCCCAAUAGAAAGUGCUGCUUUUUUAUUUCCUUUUGUACUGUUUAUUAUAAUUGUUCUUAAGCAAAUAACUGUAAAGUGUAAUUUUAUGUAAAUUGAAGCGCAUAUUUUCCCCCUUCCAUGGACACGCUCGCAAGCCUGUUGUACAGCUGUAGAUAACGCCAAGUUGUUGGUAUGAUUACUUUUUUCUACAGACGACAGUGAUGAUACAUUUCAAAAAGAUUAUUUUUGUUUUUGCAAGGAAAAAUACCAACUGAGGCAGUAGCCCUUUGUAAUUCAUUGCAGAGAUUUCUUUUUAUUUUUUGUUUUAAUGACGCUCGCAAGUCUAUUUAUAAGAAAAAGUAUGUUGUUUUACCACAAUGCUUAAAAAAGUCAAAUGAACAUAUGGAGGCUUCUUUAAAAAGGUUGCGGUGGGGGGGGUUUGAACAGACGUUUAACUGCAAUUAGAUAUCAUUUCAUAUCACAUCAUAUCAUAUAACAAUGAUAUGAUAUAUUAAAUAUGUAAUAAAUUACAAUGCUAAAUCUUUUGUGUCCUUUACAGCCCAAAAUCUUUAACCAAGUUAUGUCACGCUAGCAUUAUUCUUCAUUCAUAUCAACUCAUUUUUCGCUCAACUCCAGUAGUUUACUCCCUUUAGUUCAGUUCAUACAUGGCCGUUUGGUGACUUAUGACUUAAAAUUGCGGCCUUCAUCAGCUGUGUCCGUGAAAAACAAGUAAAUGCUGUAUCUCGUUUGACCGUCUAAGCUGGAAGUACAUUUGACUUGCACUAAAUGAACUGUUUUUCUAAUUUUCCUAAAGCAUCAGGGUCAUAAUCUCAAUUGGUUAAUUGGAGUGUGUUCAUACAAAUCAAACAUCUUAUGACCUGAACAACUGUGUAACAUGUGACCUGUGUAGUUAUGUGUAUAACAUUCAUUUGAAGUCUUAAUAAUUUUACAGAAGAUGCCACAUGGAGCCCGGUUUAGUCUCCAAACCAGAACGUAUGCCCAAGUAAUUCCUCCAUCGAGAGAGGCCUGUUCAAUUAUCUUAGUUGCACCUGGCAAAUGUGGAUAUCACUGUAUUACUAAAAUAAUUCAUUCAUUCAAGACUUAUUAACUAGGCCUGAUAAUUCAGCUGCUUUCAGGGUCAUUAUAUGAAAGCCAAAUCAUAAUGUCAUAAAGAUUUUGAUUCUUACACUUUAUUUGAACAAACUUACAGAAAAAAAUUGUACGUAAAGAAAUAUAACAGCGUUGUAUUAAUCAUCCAAACUGCUUUUUUAUUACCUAGGUGAUAUCACCUAAAAAUAUUGCAAGAAAUUACAUUAGAUUUGUUGUACCAACACAUCCCCAAAUAAUACUAAUGAUAGGAUUUAGCACGCUCCCUUCUUUGGAUAACAGAUAUUUUGUUCUAUAACCAUGUCAUAGAAUAUGUGUUAACUUCAUUGCUAAAUAGAUGCCUUCCUACAGUUAUGGGCCACAAACACAGUGCAGUCUACCUUAACGCUUUACUAUGUUAUUUAAUUUGCAGUGUUCUUUAAAUGACAGUAAACAGUUUUGUAGUAUCAAAAGCUGUUGAGUUGAACCCAAAGAUAUCACAUGCCCUGCGUAUGUGCUGAUUGCUCAGUAAGACGUGUAGCAAUGCACCUGGAGAAACGUUCGGAAAAUGAGUUGAAAGAUCUUCUGUAUGUAGAACAAAACUGCUGAGCCAUAGUCAGAUUGCCUUAUGCCUAGCCCUUUGCGAUCCACAUCAAAACAAAAGCAUCAUAAAGCUAGUGGCCUUUUUUUAAAGCAACUUGCCAUCUAAACGUGGCAAUAUUAUAUUCUCUCUGAAUUAGUCUGAAAGGCCUUGUGUCUGUAUUAGGUUUGCUACUACAAACAAGACCCUUGUGUUUCUAGAGCUUCCAGUUUUUAUUGUAUUUUAAUUUAUUUGACUUCCUACCCUUUUAUGAUGUGGCACAUGAGCACUUACUGUCAUUUCAUGAUGGAACACAUGUAGAUCUGUACCUCAGACAGUAUUUUUUGUGGGGGGGGGGUUGUUCUGAACAUACUGAAAUAUUUGUAUUAAA